CGCGCAACUACGAGUACCCGCUUACACCGUUGGAUGUAUUUCAAUAGCUAAAUGGUCGCUUGGACUUGACAUUAGCAGGAACGUUAAGCAGCGGAACCCGGAAUUUACGGAUCUGUCAGGUUUCUUUUAGUUUUUGCAGGGUUACAUUGGAAGUGCAUUAAGGUUUGAGGCGAAGAAUGCAGAGGGGCAUUAGGAGAGCCUCGACGGCCUUGAGUAGCCGAGCGUCAAUAGCUUCGGAAGCGCCGGUAACCCAGCCCGCUUGGGAUAGCGAUUGGGCGCAGUCAGAACUGUCAAGUUACUUUAAGCAGCACCCAGAGAAAUUAACCCACCAACUCGACCGCAUUGUGGCAUCUUUGAGGCGGAGCCAAGGGAGUGACAUGCAGGCAUUUAUUAUGGAGCUUGACGGUAUUAUCGAGGAGCUCAACGCGACUAUCGACCAUGACCGUCGUCAUGUCGAGGGGCGCAACCGGCUGAUGCGUGAUUACCCCGAAGUCACGAACGAGUUCCUGCAUUUCUUCCUGGACAGCGUUAUGGAAGAGCUGGAGCGAGAGCAAGCGGCUGGCAUCAGCGCACCGCAUGCUAUCGGCAGCGGCCCCUCAGUAGUUCGAGGCGGGUCCCUAUCAGCCGGGGGAGCAGGCGGGGCUUUGCGGCCGGGCAGCGGCAGCAGUAGCAGCAGCAGCGCGGGGGGCAAGGAGCGCUUUGCUUCCAUUCCGAGGCGCCGACAUAUUUAACGAUGGGCGGCGGGACAACGCCAGCUGCUACAGGGAAUGCGGCGGGCGGUAUGAGGCAAGGUGGAACAAGGAAGAGGAGCGGCAGCGUUAAGGGGACCUUCUAGUGGCGUGGCGGAAGGGUGAUGUGUGACGGUUAGGUGGUUUACAAGUGGGCCUGUUGGGAGCAGGCGUGGGUGGGGUGUCGUACGAUUACUUGUACGGUGCAACGCCUCGCUUUCGGGUUAAGAGUGCGGGAUCGGGGGAUGAGUAAAUACAUGAACACAACUGAAUGAGAACUCAAGAAGAGCCAUCCGAAGGAAGCCAUGCGGAGGAGUGUCAGGAAAGAUGUGCAGUGCGUGUGUGCGUGUGUGUGUUUUGCCAAUGUGUCAGUUGACCAUGUCUCCAUGUGCUUUUGAAGCUUUCAGAAGUCAUAACGCGACUCGUAGCCGUACUUUGAUUUGCGUAUGCUGCUUUGAGCUUGCGGGGUGAGAGCAUUGAGGGGCAUGCAAAGCAAAGCAUGGAGUAUAACUGCUGCUUUGGGGGUGCCUGUAGAAGGAGCAUGCGGUGGUAUGCAGUGCGUCAGUUGCAUGGUUAGUUCCCGGCUGUACGGUAUAUGGUUAGUUCCCAUCGUACAGUUAACGCAUGAGGAUCAAUUUAUACAUGCGUUCUAAGGAGGGUCGUACGGCUUUCCUCCUUCCUGGCCCCCGCAACGUAGGAAGACGGUGCGUCAUUUGAUGCCGUGCGCAGCUAAGGAAGCUAAUGCUACGUUGAGAUUUGUUGGCUUGUUGUAGCCGGAAUCUGAUAUUGAUGCGUGUUAGUUGUAACUUUAAACCGCUUACCGGUAUGUCCUUAUGCGGAGACUGCAUUGCAUGGUCACGGUUAUGAAAGCCGAACAUGGAAAGGGCUCUGCCCGCGCUCUGUUGUUGGGUGAUCGCUGCUGCUUACGUUGGCUAUCGUAUUGUUGCUUGGCUACGUCAGGCUACUUGCGCCGCAUGUGAUAUGCUUGUUGUACGGCAUUCCUAAAUGAUUACUGCUAAUACCCCUGUGAGCUGUGGCCAUGGUGACUUGCAGUUAUAUCCAAUCAUACAGUGGGAUGUACGGCAAUGGCUGUUGAGGAGAAGGUGUACCGCUUUUGUACGACGCCGCGGGUGUGCACGUUAGGGCGAGUAGAAGGAAGUUGAUGGGGAGGAGCCUGUUGACUGGGGUGCGUGUGUGGGGGCGCACUUUUCGGUACCCGGGGCCCCCGGUGUCUCGCAUUGCAAAAACCCAUCCCGUGCAUGUGCGUGUCGUACUGCUUCAUUGUGUACAGCAGUGGCUGCAAGAUGUACUUUAUGUUCCGUACAUUGAUGUAUAUCGGAUUAUGUUGCAGAAUCCGAUAUCCAUGGAACAUGCACAUCGGAUUCACUCCACCAUGAUUGGAUAUUAGCGCAGGGUUAGCGCCGCAUACAAUAGAUGAAUAGAACC